UUAUGCAAGUAAUACACCGGAUAGAAUGUACAUUGAAAAUAAAUAUAUAAUAUAAAGAUUUGGUACGUUGACUCCAUACGGUAUAAAACAAAUUCACAAUUUUACAUAGUUGCAAUGUCUCCUUUCCUGUUUGGUUUUUACAUUUUACUUACACUCAUUUUCUUUCCGUUCUUCUGAACUCUGUUUUUGUCAGGGAAUUUUGCCCAUUAUUCAUAGUCUUUUCUUACAUUUUUCGGUAGGAUACAUACAUACAUACACUUAUGUCAAUUUAAUCUAUACUUAUAUGAAUUAUUUUGUUGUAGUUGUACUGAUGAAGGCGUUUGCCGAAAUAUUUGCAUUUUGUAUUCUGUAUAACAAUUAAUUAUUAAAGCUUAAUAUAUAUUGUUUUAUUUACGCAUAUUGCUUGUGUCUCAUUAAUCUACUUGAAAGCUGUAGCGCAGUCAAACCCUCUUAUAAUGAGUUACUCAAUAAUGUCAAGUGUAUGUAGCCGCGUCAUUGAAAGCUCUAGUCCUCUAAAACUCAUUUGUUUAUUAUUUUGUUCCCAGAAUGCUUCACUCUGCAGCAACAUUUUGUUGUUUUGGAUUUCUGCUUGUCUUGUGCUCCGUGACUUUAGCUCAACCAGGUUUGUAGUAAAUAGUAACUUUUGGCUCCAAAUGAAUUUAACGUUUUUAAACAUUUACUAAGGAUGUGAUGUUGUAUUUUGUAUUGCAACUCAAAGUGUAGUUAACCUAAAAAUGAAAUAUGAAUGGAGAAAUCAUAGAACAAGUAACAGAGUCAAGGAACUCAUUUGAUGACUAAAAUGAAGAUCUCCAGCUUGUUAGACGCAAUAGUUAACAUUUCACAAAUACCUGAUUACAAGGGAGAUUAUUAUGUAAACAUUUAUUCCAAAAAGACCAUACUAUUCCACGAUUACUGGCCCUAACGACGGAACACCAUUUUAAAUUCUCUACUUUCAUUUUGUUCUUUUAAAUAUAUUUUGAACUUGUUACAAACGAUUUGAAAUGAAGGUAUCGGCCUAACAACAGCAAGUCAACGAAGUAGUUUUGUGUUAAACUGAAACUUACGCUUUGUCCGGAAAUAAAGAACCCCUAAAAACAAACUUGUUGGUAUAAAGCCUUUAUAUCAAAUGUAAAAUCGAGCAAUGGGGGGGGGGGGUGCGCUUAAAAUUUGACAAAAAAUGCAUACAAGUAACAUACUUUUUAAGAAUCCAAAUUAGUGCUCACCCCCCCCCCCAACAAGGCUAGCAACCGCACAUUUUUGUUACGCCCCUGAACUAUAUUAAUAUUGUAAUGACUCACGCGCCUUUACACCGCAGAUUUAUUUCACCAACAAUAUAAACAAACAAAAAAAAAGAAAAUAUUACGCACUGAAAAUUUAGUUGAAUGUUUUGUCUUCGGCAAUGAGUCCAUGAGCUUGAUAGCUUGAUGGGAAGUGGGUCUAUUAGCCGUCCAAAGAUUUUGCUAGCCAGCUAGCCACGAACAAAAGCGAAGUAAAUAUAAAGGAUUUAAAAAAAAGAAAAACCUUUUUGUAAUCAUGAAAACUAUAUAAUGGUUAAUAUUUAGCAACUUUUUUGAAAUUCCAAAACUCAUUUUUAUUCUAACACAAAGUUAAUAGUUUAAAAAUUAAAAUAAAGUUUGUUAUGGAGUUGUUCACUAUGAGCUUAAGCACAAGACGCGAUAGCCAUCGACCAAUCAUUAUUAAAAGGAUUCCAUUUUUUUACGGACGCAGUGAAGAUCUAAAUUUUUUUAUUUUAAAAUUACAAUAUGUUCGGUGUACUCUUUGAUUGAGGUACUGUAUGUUGUAGAAAUAUAAUGUCAGAUAGCGCAUGUGCUUCUUAUUGUGUGUUGUAGGCUGUGUAUAUAUUUGUUACUAUGUGUUGUAGGUUAUGUAUAUACUUGGUAUUGUCUGUGGUAGGUUAAUUGUAUACUUGGUACAGUAUUUUCUUAGUACAAAUCGAGAAUAUCCUUGGUGCUGUAUGCUGCAUCUGAUUUAUGUCCUAAGUACUUAAGUUACGAGAGUUGCGUGAAGUCGAUAUUGCUUGUUGCUGUCUAGUUCAGCAGUUUCUGUAAAUGUUCUAAUAUUUCCUGUAUUUUUGUUUGCUUCCAGUACCAGGUUUCGGUAUGGCCAGUAACUUUGUUGACUUGUUGAAGUGGUCAGAUGACAAAAAUGACGCGGAUCCCAACCUAACCCGACAAGACCAAGGACAAGAUCAAGGACAAGGGGGGCAACAAAAUCAGGGACAAGGGGGACAACAAAAUCAGGGUCAGGGGCGUCAACGAAAUCAAGGUCAGGGGCGUCAGCGACAACAACAGCAGCAGCCGUGGUCUCAGCAACAGCAGCCGUCUUUUGGUCAGCAGCAGCAGCCCUGGUCCCAACAGCCGUUGUCUGGUCUCCCGCAGUGGUCCCCCCAACAGCUGCUUUCACAGCUGUCUGGAGGUUUUCCAUCUGCGAGACAGUCCGGCGGUCUUGGAGGUCUCACAAGCCAACAGCCCAACAAUAUGCUCCUUCAGUACAUGAUGAUGGACAACAUUUAAACACUUGCCUUGUUCUGUAUAGUCCUAUACUUUGUUAUUUAUCAUUUAAAAUUAAAAAUCAUUCUUAUCUAUAAAAAAACAAAAAAACUAUAUGUCUUCGAAUUUUUUCUCUCACUUAUUUUAUGAUAUUGUGUUUUUUUUUAAAUGAUGAGAAGCUUUCAUUUUAAAUGGAUCGGCUACCACAUAAAUAGUUGUUUAUUAAAUUAAUUUAUUGUUGAUAUUUUAUAGGAACUUAACUAAAUAGUAGUAAAGAUGAGGCAAUUACUAAGAAGAAUGCAUUAACUAAAAAGUGAUAGUAAUAGGCUUUAUAUAAUGAUAGAACUCAGGACCGCGUGACUGACCAAACAUCCACUGAAACACACUACCGGCUUUAGUUUUAAUAGUUAUUGAUACAAAUAUAGUUUCAUACAAAGAAUUGAUAAAUUACAUUUAUUUAAAAAUAUAAAAGAAUAACCCGUGUAGGAGGCACCACCUAAUUUUACCCUAUGCAGCUCCUGGCACUCUACAGUACGAGGUAACUGUGGUCGGCGCCAAGUUAACAAGUUGCGUCCCCUGCCAGGUCAAGCUUCACUGUGCGCGGGACAUAUUUCUUGAUUGCAACGUAUACAUUCUAAGGACGCAAGAUUCAUUUUACUGAGGGAAAAAUUCCUUGAGCUAAUUACAAGUCACACAUUUUUUAAUCUUCUAAAAUUCGAUAAAAUGUGUUGUCAUCGGCAACGAAAGUAUGUGCCAAGUUUCAGCUCAAUAGGUUGGCGGGAAGUGGGUCAAUAAGCCGUCCGAAGAUUUUUCCAGUCAGAAACACAUGAAUAAAAGCGAAGUUAAUUUAAAGGAUUCAAUAAAAAGGCCAUGCACGUGUGUGUGAUAGUGUGUAUGAUUGACGAUUAUCAUUGUGAGUAGUGAGUGAGCUUCGUGGCCUGGUUGGCCUGUGUUGUUGUUAUGUAUUGUAUCGGGGCUGUCUAGUUCGAAUAAACCUGGAGUACUGCUUUGCC